AUGAAUUUUGAUAGAUUUAAUCCUCUAUCAAAUUAUUUCUCUAAUAACGGAAUAGAGGUAAGUGAUUGGGGUAUUGAAGAGACUACGUCGUCACCAUCAUUGUCCAAUCAUAAUUUUAGUCAGCCAUACCAACAUGGUCGAAAUAUACAUGAAUUAACAUCACCCACAUUGUUUAAUGAGAAUUUAGAUUACUUGAAAGAAAAACCCGCUGAUGCUGAUUUCAUGUAUUACUAUUUGACAAACAAUAUGCAUAGGGUGAGCCCAUCUACAGAGAAUUUCCAAAAGUUUAUAAAGAAGUACUUGUCGUUGAAUAACAUUCAGAAUGAAUUUUGGGAAAAGUUUAAAUACAAUUUAAUAAUAUCAAACUUGUUGGACGAUUCGAUGAUAUUAUCUAAAAAUGAACAGUCAUUGAAUAAUUUGCAAUUUAGCAUAAAUAACCCUAAUGAUACCCGCAAGAAAUUUGUCAAGACGUUGAAUUUUGAUGGCACUGAAUUGUACAUUCUAAAUAAGCAAUAUCAAUUGAAAUUCUCGGAUAAGCUAUAUAAUUCUGAGAUGCUCAUUCAGACAAUUUAUAUGAUAAUAUUCCUUUUAAAACAGUCUUUGAAAGGUGUCAAAUCAAAAAUGUCAACACAGAAUAAAUUCAAGAUGUUCAAAAUUUUGCUUAUUAUUUCUGUCAAACUUAUACAAUUCAAAAGAAUCAAUUUGAAAAUCCAGUCCACAAAGGUCUUAAAUAUGCUAAAUGAUUUCUUAGUAAAUAAUUACAAAGUCAACAAAAAACUAAUAAUGAAUUUAAUUAAUUUGAAAGAAAUGGAAAUAUUCGGAUUCAUGAAGAAUUCGGCAAUAUCAAAGAAUAAAGUACAUGACCUAAAAGAAAACCUUGAUAAUACUUUAAAUUUUUUAAAUUUCAAUUUGAAGAGUUCAAUUAUUAAAUUAUUGCCUUUUUUGAACGGCCCUAUGUUUGAAAAAUACUGUAAUAUAAAUAAUAUUAAUGUGUGUACAUUGAAUUCCAAGUACGACGCUGAUGGAACAAUUGAAAUUAAUAGAUCAAGUGAGAAAAUAACCAUCGAUGAAUUAACUUUUAAGCUUAACAAAUUCAAUCAAUUGAGAAAAUUUCUAGUAUGUCAAUUACUAACUGUAAAUGAAUCACCCAUUAGAAGUUUUUUUCUAUUCCAAGUCUGGGAUCAAUUUAAUAUAACUGAAUAUGAAGUCGAUGAAGUCUUGCAGAAUGAUUUCCUGUUUUUCGAAAAAUUAUUAGUUGUCGAAGAAUUAUUUGAAGAGCAUACUAAUAUAGUAAAGAAUUUUAACUCAAUAUUUGAAAGGUUUGAAAAAAUAAAUAAAGUCGAAUCCCGACAAGAGGAUAUCAAUAAUAAGGAUGUAUUGGAGAUAAGCAACCAACCUCUCCACUCGGCCUUUGAAUCUAUUACUGAUACCAAUAUGAAUAAUUUGAUUAAUAAACUAACUAAUAUAACAACAAAUUUAACCUACUUCAAAAAAUAUAAUCAGUCAAUAUCAUCUAUAACUAACAUUGAUGAAAUGAAUGAAAAACUUAUGAUAUUCAAACAAUUUGGCGAUGAGUUAAAUUUUAUUAAAGAACUAUACCAAGUAAACUUAGGUGAAUUAAACAACGAAUUGUAUAAUAAGACGAACGACUUAUCAUCAAUUAAAAGUUCUCCUAGGUCAUCUGUGUCCUCUUCCAAGAGAAAUUCGAAUUCUAAUGGAGAGUUUAAUUUAAAAUCCUUCCAUACCGUCAAUUCCAAUUCCUCUAAGAAAAGGUAUUCUUUGCCAUUCCACCAUUCAUCAUCUUCUAUUCCUAGUCCUACUAUACAGCAAUCACCUUAUUCUGAUUCGAAUUUGCCUUCUAAAAUAUCAAAUAGCAAGGCCAAUGGAUCAGAUGCACAGUACAAACGAUUAUCGACUGGUCUACAAUUAGGCUUAUUAACAGUAUUUGAAGAACCGAAUCAUAAAACUAAAGUCACGAACAAUAGAUUCUCUACUGAUUCGAAUCCCUCCUCAAUACAUGGAAAUGCAAAUGUUAAUGAUAAAAUACCUGGACCAGUUUCUUACGACGAUAACUAUUUAAACAUGCUUUCAUCUAACAAUUACAACGAAUCUUAUAACCAAGCAGCGUUAGAUUCGUUGUCAAAUAAUUUAAGCCAUAAGAGGCUACGUAAUACACUUAAACAUUCUUCUAAUAAUAGGUAUUCUUUGAAUUCGAUGAAUUCGAAUAUAAGUGGAUUUUCGGAAUUAUUAGCCUCAACGCAAAUAACAAAUUAUGACGAUGAUCAUGAUGGAAGUAUUGAUGAUGGAGUUGGAACAGAAAAGCAAAGCCUUUCUAAAGAAGAUUUGAAAUUAAAGUUAGAAGAAAGCUUUAACAGAAUUUAUAAUUUAGAAAAUGAAAACGAAAACCUAAAGUUAAAAUCACUGGUUGAUAAUACUUUGAACGACAAUACGAAUAUCCUUAAUUCAAACACUAAUGUCAAUACUAAUACUAUAACUAAUACAGAUACUACUGAAGCUUUCGGAAAUGAAAACCAAAAUAAUAAAGCAUUUUUGAGUGAACUAGAAAAUACUUUGAGUACCAAAGUACAUACAUAG